AUGUCAAUUUUCAAAAAAAUUUCAUUAUUUCACCACUCAAAAAAAUCAACUAAACCAUCAUCAUCAGAAUCAUCAUCAGUUACAGAAUCAUCACCAAAAUCAUCAUCAACUGAUAAAAAACACCACAAUUAUUUCAAAAAAUUAUUCAAAAAAAAUAGAAAAGCAAAAAAAUCAGCUACACCACCACCACCACCACAACAACAACAACAUAAUUUAGUUCAAUCAACUGCACAAGAACAAGAAGAAGAAGAAGAACAACAUCAACAACAACAACAACAACAACAACAAUCACAACAACAACAACAACAACAACAAUCACAACAACAACAACAACAAUCACAACAACAACAACAACAACAACAACAAUUAAUUGACUCAGCUUCAGAAUUACCAUCAAGUAGAGCAUUAAUAUUAUUUAGACCACCACAACAACAACAACAACAACAACAACAUCAGCAAUUAGUAUUGUUCCACCAAAAUCAACCACAAACGACUCAUAAUUUUAGCAUUGAAGUUAUGGAGGUACAUGAGGAUGAAUCUUUGGAUGAAGUUGAUAUUAUUCAUCCAAACUUGAUCUUUGAUGAACAAGGGAUUAUAAUUGAGAUCAAUCCCGAUAUUAAUGAAUUUGAUUACACAUAUACGUUUGAUGAAGAAAAUUUAACAUAUGUAAGAAGAGAAUUAUCAAUCGAAUCAAUACCAUUUGUUUUUAAUGGACUAAACAACAGGUUUUUCAAUGCAGAUGUAUUAUAUGCAAGUGUUGAAGGUGAAUCAUAUGAUCAACAUAACUUUUUCCAUUAUACUGAAGAAUAUCAAGAAGAUGAAGAAAUAAGAUUAAAUAUUACUUUUUCAAAGUUUAAAAAAGUCUUCUCAAAAUUAAAAAUGUAUGUUAAGAAAAGAAUAAAAGUAUUGAUGCAGAUGCACUGA